GUCACUCAAAGGGCCCCGGCUUCCGGGUUUGAAGCCUGGCUGGCAAAGAGGGCAGGACUCUCUGUCUUCAGGGAAGGAAGGAGAUGAUGAAGAGAGUCACUCUGUUUGUCAAUGGCAGCCCCAGGAAUGGGAAGGUUGUGGCUGUUUAUGGGACACUAUCUGACUUGCUUUCAGUAGCGAGUAGCAAGCUUGGAAUAAAAGCAACAAGCGUCUACAAUGGGAGAGGUGGACUCAUUGAUGACAUUGCUCUAAUUAGAGAUGAUGAUGUCCUUUUUGUAUGCGAAGGGGAACCAUUUAUAGAGCCCCAGACUGAUGUAAACCCCCCAGAAGAGUUAACAGGCUCGCAUUCAGAUUGGAUAACACUCAAUGUUGGAGGACGGUAUUUCACAACUACUCGGAGCACGUUAGUUAGUAAAGAGCCUGAUAGCAUGCUGUCUCAUAUGUUUAAAGAUAAAGGUGCCUGGGGGAAUAAGCGGGAUCUCAGAGGAGCCUUCCUAAUUGACCGCAGUCCUGAAUACUUUGAGCCAAUUUUGAACUACUUGCGUCAUGGACAGCUCAUUGUAAAUGAUGGCAUUAAUUUGCUGGGAGUUCUAGAGGAAGCCAGAUUCUUUGGGAUUGACUCUCUAAUUGAGCACCUUGAGGUGGCCAUUAAGAAUUCACAACCAGCUGAAGACCAUUCUCCUAUCUCUCGAAAGGAAUUUGUCAGGUUCCUACUUGCAACUUCAACCAAGUCUGAACUACGCUGCCAGGGUUUAAAUUUCAGUGGAGCCGAUCUCUCUCGGUUAGAUCUCAGAUACAUCAAUUUCAAGAUGGCUAACCUGAGCCGGUGCAACCUGGCCCAUGCCAAUCUGUGCUGUGCAAAUCUUGAACGAGCCGACCUCUCUGGAUCAGUUCUAGAUUGUGCCAACCUCCAAGGGGUGAAAAUGCUAUGUUCUAAUGCAGAGGGAGCAUCAUUGAAAGGAUGCAACUUUGAGGACCCCUCUGGGCUUAAAGCUAACCUAGAAGGUGCCAACUUGAAAGGUGUUGAUAUGGAAGGGAGUCAGAUGACCGGAAUUAACCUAAGAGUUGCAACUCUGAAGAAUGCAAAGUUAAAAAACUGCAACCUAAGAGGGGCAACCCUUGCAGGAACUGACUUGGAGAACUGUGAUCUGUCUGGCUGUGAUCUACAAGAAGCCAAUUUGAGAGGAUCAAACGUGAAAGGGGCCAUCUUCGAAGAGAUGCUGACACCACUACACAUGUCUCAGAGUGUCAGAUAGGUGCAGAGAGGAACAGGAGCCCUGCUGCAACCCUCCUUUGUCUUUAUUGUAGGAGCAACACUUCUGCCAGGACUUGAGCUUCUCAGUGGUGCCUAAGAAACUACCUCUAUGAUGCAGGUGUGGGAACUUCCCAUUCAUAGACAUAGGAAUAGUUGUUGAACCAUAUUUGGAAAGCUAGUAGGCUUUAGAACUCAGAGAUGUUGCUGUUCUUGAUGAACACAUUGGCUCUUCUGCACCGCCUCACUUUAGAAUGCAUUUUAGGCUUUGAAUGUUAUUAUUUAUAAAAGCACAAUAUAUGCAAUUUAUAUUUAUUAAUCUUCUAGUUGCAGUACAGGUCUUUUUUAAAGUUGGACGUUCAUGCUGUACAUAUUAGCAAAACUUUGCCAUAGGAGUCGCUGCAUUGUUUUGUUCAUUUAGACAAAAGUAAAUUCAGGAGAGGGGUGGCAUGUACGCAUCAGACUUCUCAGAAGAACAAAAAUAGUAACAUAAUCUGAACUUCUAUCACCUUGAAUUUACUUAUUUAGUGGCUUGACAUAACUUACAAUGCUGUGUGUCUGACUCCUCACAUUAGUGGCAACUGCACAAGCUGGCUUUUUAUCUGCCAGUUGCUGGUCCAGUUUAAGGAAGUUUUGUUGUUCACAUUUCGACCCAGUGGAAUUCUAAUGGAAGAUAGAAGUUCAGUGCUCUCCAUUCACUAUAGCACAGUUUCAAAGCAGAUACACAUACACAGCCGAGCCACAGUCUGGACCAGAUCCUUGCAGUUUGCCUCUCCAUUGUAAGUGGAAUGACAACUGUCUAGCCAUAGCAUGUCAGUGCACCUGUAUUGGAGAUGGCUAGCAAUAUCCUGAAAGUUGUAACAGGCUGGUACUGCUACAAAAUUUUAAUCACUGUGAAGUUAAGUGUCAUGUGUGAGUUCAGUUCCUCUUCUUUCAUGUCCCAGAACUGGAUUUGACUGGGAAAUCUGGGUACCAAUAGCUUGAUUUCGUUUGGUAAGAAAUUCCCUAACAAGGAUCAACUGGAAAUACUUCUGGUGACACAACUUAAAACACCUGUUUCCAAAAGUUUGGGAUGCCAGAAACGAUUAUAGGAUAGGAAACACUAUAUGGAAAAUCCGAGCAACAGUUAGUUCUCACUACAUCUCUGUAAGUAAUCAGAUUUGGAGCUAGUGUCCUUCUUGCUUAAUCAGUUCUUUUCUCUGUCAUCUGUUUCCAUCAAGCAUCAAAGGGAAGAAUAAACCAUUGGAAAAUUAGUACAGUACUGUACAGGAAUAUAGCAAGGUAAGGUAGUGCAGCAGAUAAUUGUCUUUUAGAUAUGCAGACAUUUUAGCUGCUCCUGAAAGAAGGUACACAGGCUGCUCUCUUAUAUUCAUAGUCUUGCUCCCCUUCUAGUCCUAGAUUCUAGGAUGCCUUUAUGGGAAAGGAAAUUCCUCUGAUCGACUACAGCAAAUGGGGGCAGCAAGGCCUACAAAAGCAGCUGGGCCAGUGUCAUGUUACCUAGUACUAUUCUAGAAGAGACCCUAACCUAUGCAACUCUAUAGCUGCUUUAUGAAUCUUUAGUCUUGGACUCAUCAGCGCAACAGGGUUCACUUAAGUAUGGAGUCUGUGGCUUUCAUUACCAAAGACCCUUCUUGCUCCUCUUUUCCUUGAGCUGUUUGUCUUGCCAGAAUCACUUCAUUGCAAUUAAAUAUUUUCUGAGGAUGCUAAUGCAGAAAGUUUUUUCUGAGUAUUGCAGUACAGUAUUUACAUUUAAAUACAUGUAGAAACUUCCAAUAUCAAAUAAACCUGGGUGCUAGCAAAAGCACUUACCUCAGAUGCUGAUGCUUAUGCUACUCUGAAAAACAGAACUCAUAGUUAAGUUGGUGGUGAUCACCAAAUCCUAACCCUAGUCACCUUACAGAACAGUGGGGUAGGCUUUUUCAGCUUUAGAAAACAAUCCAAAUUUCAUGGUCCACUUCCUACUUGAAUGGCUAGUUCAGACUUCUCUGUGUAAGUUCUGUACCUCCAGAUAUGUCUGCCUGAAACCCCCAUAAUCCCACAGUAAAACUGGGGACAGUUGAGCUAGUAUGUGUAUAACCAAAGCAGGACUAUGGGAAGCAAGGUUCACACAACAGUCCCCAUAGGAAUGCAUGCAUCCAUUGUAAAAGAUAUGUGUCCACAUUUCUUUCAGUUCAUGCAUGUAUAGAAAAGAUGCUUCCAACUCUCCCCAGUACUUGCACCAUCUUCAAGUGACAAUGUACAUUAAAUUUUCCCUUCGUAGCAGUAAAUUUCCCAGGACGAGGUUAGCAUCCCUGAAGUGAAAUGUAAUUUCAUGUAUUGGUAACAGUUAAGCACUACCCUAGCAGCAAAACCUCAUUUCUUAGGGUUUUUUU